AUGCCCAAAAUGGACGAAAGUGCGUGAGGUUUUGUUUGGUAAUAGAUUGUUACUACCAAAAAAUCGUAUUAAAACUUAAAUUGCAAAAUCUAUUAAUAAAUUAGUUCGAAAAGUGAUUCUAACAAGAUGGGCGACAAAAAGUACAAACAGAGUAAAGCAGAAAUAGCGAAGCAGUUUAACCUACCAGAGCGGCAAUCUAAGAUUACGACAUUGUUAAAUCAAGCCGGACAAGCUUAUUGCAUAUGUCGAUCUUCCGAUAGUUCUAGGUUUAUGAUAGCUUGCGACUCAUGCGAAGAGUGGUACCAUGGAGAUUGUAUCAAUAUAUCAGAGAGAGAAGCUAAAUACAUCAAGAACUACUUCUGUGAUCGCUGCAGAGAAGAAGAUCCUACCCUUAAGACCAGGUUCAGACCACAGAAGAGGGAGAAUGAUGGAGAUGUCGCUCCUCGAGAAGAUAGAAAGAAGAAAAAGAAAGAAAAGGAUCACUCGGAGAAUAAGUCUUCGAAGAGACAGAGCAAUAAGGAUGGUUGCGGAGACUGCCCAGGAUGUCUGCAGAUUAAUGAUUGUGGACAUUGCGAAGUGUGUGAGGAUAUGUACAAGUAUGGCAACAGUAAUAAAGUGAAGUUGAAGUGCAAAAUGCGUAUGUGCAUCAAGAGUAAAAAAGCAUCUAGACAAUCGAGCAGCAGCAACCGAAUCAAGAAGAAACAUCAUGAAAGAGAGCAACAUGAGCCAGAAGAGUCCCUCGCUCACUUACAAACAGCUGAAGCUCGACAGUGCUAUGGACCGCAGUGCACCAGAGUUGCACAGUUCGGGUCCAAGUACUGUUCCCCGCAGUGCGGUAUGAGGCUUGCUACUGCUAGGAUUUAUCAGGUGCUCCCACAACGGAUACAAGAAUGGUCACUUUCUUCGUGCGUGGCCGAGCAGAAGAAUCGCAAAGCGUUAGAAGUAGUGCGCGGGGGCAUCGCGCGUGCGCAGGCCGCCUUACGAACACUAGACACGCAACACUCAGACCUCGACGCGAUCGUGGCACGGGCGAAGAAUGCUACUAUUGUUUAUACCGAUGAUAAGGAUGCAGAUGACGAAACAUCAAUGUACUGUAUAACUUGCGGUCAUGAGAUCCACUCUCGGACUGCAGUGAAACACAUGGAGAAAUGCUUCGUGAAGUACGAGGCGCAGGCGUCGUUCGGCAGUAGACAUCGCACGCGUAUCGAUGGACAGAGCAUGUUCUGCGACUACUACAACCCUAUUAAUGCUACUUAUUGUAAGAGGUUGAGGGUGAUGUGCCCAGAACACUUCAAAGACCCAAAGGUCGGUGACAACGAUGUUUGCGGCUGUCCUCUCGUCCGCAACGUGUUCAAGCCGACGGGAGAUUUCUGCCGAGCCCCUAAGAAGGCUUGCUUGAAGCACUAUCAAUGGGAGAAACUGCGACGCGCUGAGAUCGACAUGGAGAGGGUUCGACAGUGGCUGAAGUUGGAUGAGUUGGUGGAACAGGAGAGGAGUAUUAGACUGGCUAUGGCUUCUAGAGCCGGAGUCUUAGGACUAAUGCUUCAUUCAACGUACAACCACGAGGUGAUGGAACGCAUCACAACCAAAGCGCCGGAGAAUGGGAAAGUCAAGGAAACCUCCUGACGCUCAAACGACGCGGGGUCCGAAAUAUCACGCGACUCACGCCCUUAAAUAAAUAAUAGACUACUUUAAUAUAGUUAAUAAUAAUGAAAAAGUGUAUUAAUAAAUAAUGAUUUU